AUGUGGGCGCCCGCCCUGGGCGCCGGCUGCACUCGGAAGGUGGGCCGGGCGCAGCUCGGCAACCGCGCGGUCCGCGGGGGCGGCUCCCUCGCACCUCCCCCUGCACAGAGGGGCCUGGAGAUCGAGAUGGAGCGUAUCCGGCAGGCGGCCGCGCGGGACCCCCCGGCCGGAGCCUCGGCCUCCCCCUCGCCGCCGCUCUCGUCGUGCUCGCGGCAGGCAUGGAGCCGUGACAACCCAGGCUUCGAGGCCGAGGAGGAGGAGGAGGAGGAGGAGGUGGAAGGCGAGGAAGGAGGAAUGGUGGUGGAGAUGGACGUGGAGUGGCGCCCGGGCAGCCGGAGGUCCGCAGCCUCCUCGGUCGUGAGCUCCGUGGGCGCCCGGGGCCGGGGGCUGGGGGGUUACCACGGCACGGGCCACCCGAGCGGGAGGCGGCGCCGGAGAGAGGAUCAGGGCCCGCCGAGCCCCAGCCCGGCCGGCGGCGGAGACCCGCUGCAUCGCCACCUCCCCCUGGACGGGCAGCCGCCCCGAGUGGCCUGGGCCGAGAGGCUGGUUCGCGGGCUGCGAGGUCUCUGGGGAACAAGACUCAUGGAAGAAAACAACACUAACCGAGAGAAGUAUCUUAAAAGUGUUUUACGGGAACUGGCCACUUACCUCCUUUUUCUCAUAGUCUUAUGCAUUUUGACCUAUGGGAUGAUGAGCUCCAGCGUGUACUACUACACCCGGAUAAUGUCACAACUCUUCCUAGACACCCCAGUGUCCAAAACAGAGAAAACAAACUUUAAAACUCUUUCUUCAAUGGAAGACUUCUGGAAGUUCACAGAAGGUGCCUUGUUGGAUGGGCUAUACUGGAAGACACAGCCCAGCAACAGAACUGACUCGGACAACCGAAGCUUCAUCUACUACGAGAACCUCCUGUUAGGCGUACCACGCAUACGGCAGCUCAAAGUCAGGAACGGGUCCUGUUCUAUUCCCCAGGACUUGAGAGAUGAGAUUAAAGAGUGCUACGAUGUCUACUCUAUCAGUAGUGAAGACAGGGCUCCAUUUGGUCCAAAAAAUGGAACUGCUUGGAUCUAUACAAGUGAAGAAGACCUGAAUGGGAGUAGCCACUGGGGAAUGGUUGCAACCUAUAGCGGAGCUGGCUAUUACCUGGAUUUGUCAAGAACAAGAGAGGAGACAGCUGCUCAGGUCGCUAGCCUCAAGAAGAAUUUGUGGCUGGACCGAGGAACCAGGGCAACUUUUAUUGACUUUUCAGUAUACAACGCCAACAUUAACCUGUUGUGUGUGAUCAGGUUAUUGGUUGAAUUCCCAGCAACAGGCGGUGUGAUUCCAUCUUGGCAAUUUCAGCCUGUAAAGCUGAUCCGCUAUGUCACGACUUUUGAUUUCUUCCUGGCAGCCUGUGAGAUUAUCUUUUGUUUUUUUGUCCUUUACUAUGUGGUGGAAGAGAUACUGGAAAUUCGCAUUCACAAGCUACACUAUUUCAGAAGUUUCUGGAAUUGUCUGGAUGUUGUGAUUGUUGUGCUGUCAGUGGUAGCUAUAGGAAUUAACAUAUAUAGAACAUCAAAUGUGGAGGUGCUACUACAGUUUCUAGAAGAUCAAAAUACUUUCCCCAACUUUGAACAUCUGGCAUACUGGCAAAUACAAUUCAACAAUUUAGCUGCUGUCAUAGUAUUUUUUGUCUGGAUUAAGCUCUUCAAGUUCAUCAACUUUAACAGGACCAUGAAUCAGCUCUCCACAACCAUGUCUCGAUGUGCCAAAGAUCUCUUUGGCUUUGCAAUUAUGUUCUUCAUCAUCUUCUUAGCAUAUGCUCAAUUGGCAUACCUUGUCUUUGGCACUCAGGUUGAUGACUUCAGUACUUUCCAAGAGUGUAUCUUCACUCAAUUCCGUAUCAUUUUGGGUGAUAUCAACUUCGCAGAGAUUGAGGAAGCUAAUCGAGUUUUGGGACCAAUUUAUUUCACCACAUUUGUGUUCUUUAUGUUCUUCAUUCUUUUGAAUAUGUUUUUGGCCAUCAUCAAUGAUACUUACUCGGAAGUUAAAUCUGAUUUGGCCCAGCAGAAAGCUGAAAUGGAACUCUCAGACCUUAUCAGAAAGGGCUACCGUAAAGCCUUGGUCAAACUAAAACUGAAAAAAAAUACUGUGGAUGACAUUUCUGAGAGUCUGCGACAAGGGGGAGGCAAGUUAAACUUUGAUGAACUUCGACAAGAUCUCAAAGGGAAGGGCCAUACAGAUGCAGAGAUUGAGGCAAUAUUUACAAAAUAUGACCAAGAUGGAGAUCAAGAACUGACCGAACAUGAACAUCAACAGAUGAGAGCUGACUUGGAAAAAGAGAAGGAGGACCUGGAUCUGGAUCACAGCUCUUUACCACGUCCCAUGAGCAGCCGAAGUUUCCCACGAAGCCUGGAUGACUCGGAGGAGGACGAUGAUGAAGACAGUGGCCAUAGCUCUAGAAGGAGGGGAAGCAUCUCCAGUGGGGUUUCUUACGAAGAGUUUCAAGUCCUCGUGCGACGAGUGGACCGAAUGGAGCAUUCCAUCGGCAGCAUCGUGUCCAAGAUUGACGCUGUGAUCGUGAAGCUGGAGAUCAUGGAGCGGGCCAAACUGAAGAGAAGGGAGGUGCUGGGAAGGCUGCUGGAUGGGGUGGCGGAGGAUGAAAGACUGGGUCGUGACAGUGAAAUCCACAGGGAACAGAUGGAACGCCUAGUGCGGGAAGAGUUGGAACGCUGGGAAUCUGAUGAUGCAGCUUCCCAAAUAAGUCAUGGUUUAGGCACACCCGUGGGACUGAAUGGCCAGCCGCGCCCCAGAAGCUCCCGCCCUUCUUCCUCCCAGUCUGCGGAAGGAAUAGAAGGCGCAGGUGCAAAUGGGAGUUCCAAUAUCCAAGUCUAGGCUGUGUGUUAGUGUGUGUUCCUAAUAGGGGAGAAGGGGACUCUCCUGAGUGGCCAGAGCAAGUACACUAUUUAUACGCCCCAACCACCAUAUGAUGCUGGUCUUUGUGACCAACCGUUAAUUCUUCUGCACUUUAAUUUAUUUUAGAUAAACUUUGCCCAUGGAUCAAAGGUGAUUUUUUUCUCAUAUAAGAAAUCUAGGUGUAAAUAUUGAGUACAGAAAAAAAAUCUUUGUAAAGUACAUGGAGUGGUACGCCCACUUGCUACCAAGAAUAAGUCUUCUCAAUGGACAACAGAGUAACCUUGGAAGCUAGGAGAGAAUUGUCAAAAGGCUUCUGAGUUUUAUUUCCAGUCACAAAAAUCAGCAUUGUCAUUUUUGCCCAGUGUGUGAAAGGAAAGUAGGGGCAUUCCUUCCCACUCGGGCUUGGCUUAUGGACAUAAAACAUAGCUUUCUUUGAAAAAAGGAACCUUUUGUUUCAACUACCUUCCUGGGGUAAACUUUUCUAAAAGAUGAGCUGGAAAAGAACUCCUAACCACAGAAUGGGUACGUAGUCAUUAUGCUAGAAUGUGUAUGAAUGGUGAAGAUAAAUGGCGAAUGCUCUGCUUUUAUUAUCCUCAUAUUGUAUCUCACGCCUGUGGGAAUGACUGUUUCACUUACUCAUACUGUUUUCACUCUCAUUUAAAAUGAGCUAGCUGUGUGAAGCCACCAAAGAUUGUGGGUUAAAAUGUAGUCUCUAGCCAUGCCAUAUGAAAAUUGGAAGGAGUCCUGUCACUCGGUUUGACUUUUUCUAGUAAUUAGUUUAGUAUAAAGACUCGUGCAUGUAUUCUCUUCCCAUGUGGCUCCACUUACUUGCAACUGAAAUGAACGUUGUAGCUAAUCUGGGAAGGCUGAUUCCCUAAAUGUUUUAAUUAUGUACUGAGGGUUUUAACUCAGCAGAUAUGUUCAUUUGAAACAAAAAUUUAUAGGAGUUUUGAAAUUCAUAUGCAAAUAUUAUAAAACUGAAGUUUGAGUUUUAUGGUGUUUUAAGAAUUUAGAACUCAAAUAGUCUGAUCCAGCAUUUCAAAACUAGAAUGUAUCAUCUAAAUGGAGCUCGAUUUUAAUGAAAAGGAAUUUCUGGUAUUGAAAAUUCAUUCAUGAUCAGAAGGUAUCAGCCACAGCUUGAGUUUGCAGCAGUUUUCGGUUUGUUGGUUUGUUUGUGUGUGUUUUCAUUAGGAGAGGGUCUCACCAAAUUUAUAGAGAAGAAAUCUGUUUCUCAAUAAAAAAGAAAAAAUCCUAUUUUUCAAAAGUGUUGAAUGAGGUGACCUCUUGAGAGCUAAAGGGGCAAGCAAGAGAGAAUACAGUGCUGGUGAAUUAACUCUGGCUUGGAGAACAGCAGAAGAGAGGCCUGUGUUCGAAUGCUUGGCUUUACGUGCACACAUUGUUCACGUGCUUGAUGGAAUAUGUUGGUCAAAUCUUCAAUGAAAACCUAAGCAAACACACCUGCCUAAGCUGGCUUCCAUAGAAGUGAUACACAUUGGGUUCUUUAACAAUUAUUUCUCAUGCUUUAUUUCCAUCUUUACUUUCUUUUGAAUAUGCUACACAAAGUUCUUUAUUACUAGGUACUGAAGUUUGCAUUCCAGGGAUAUUGAGUGUGCGUAUUUAUGUGUGUAUACUGUGUUGUUCCAUGUAAACAAACUUCAAUUUGAAGUGCAGCCAUUAUGUGGUAUCCAUGUGUAUUGACCACGUGCCAUAUAUUUAUUAUGGUCACUAGAAAAUCUUUUUAUGUACUUCUUAUUAUCUUGUUUCUCAUUUCACCAGUAUGAUUUUACAAAAUUCUUUCUUUUUAUCCACAAGUUAUGUAUUUUUUUUCUCUUUAGUCAUGGAAAAUUCCCUCCUCUCCCCUCUCCUGUCAUCCUCCCUCUAUAUUUGUGAUUAUAAGAAGAUGUUACAUAUGCAAGUCUCUCGACAAUUGAGAAUUUCAUUAAUGUGUAAUAUUGAGCACUUUACUUCUUAAUAAAGACUUGGUAUAAUAAGA